UGUUCAUUUUUCAAAGGACAAAGAAUGCUUUGCAUAUUCAUAUAUUCAGUACAUUAAGCGCUAGCAACAUAAUAAACUGUAGUUCAUUCUAAGGACUACACUUUAAAACGGCUUUCCAUAUUAUGUGUCUUCCACCCCGAGAACAUGUUGCGUUUUUGUUCGCGUGAAAACACAUUUUAGAUCGAGCUCUGCUCCUGUGAAUGAAAGACCCUCCCUUGUUGCUGCGACGCCUGUUUCUCCAGACCGUCAUCACAAGCGAUCCGCUCAAUGGGACUUUAGGCUAUUCAAAGCACCAUCGAUUGUGCACCUUCUUAAAGGCCACUAGAACUGAAGGCAAGAUCUGCUGCUGGCUCGUCUGUUAUUUUAUAUUUUGUAGUUUUUUUUCCAGGGGAAGCUGUAACACAAUAGGGACGCUGGAGUUAUGAAGGCUCGACGGAUGACUGGCGCUGUCCGUUCAGCACCACCUUGCGCCCAAUGAUACCAUAAAAAAAACCUACCUGACACCCUCAAACCCGAGCCGGGGGGUCGGGAUAUUGGGGUAUCGGAGGGAAAACGCGUUCGCAUCUUAGAAGUCAUUCAAGGGUUUUGGAUUUCUAUUGUUGGCAUGGACACUUUGAGGUGCACCUGGCACGAUCGUAAACACGUUUGAAUUUACUUAACAUGGGUCCCAGCGGUAUGAUGACGGUCCACGGGUUGGAGAUAUGACUAGAGAGGUACGCAAUGGGCCAAGGGGACGACAAGGAUCGCAUCGUGAUCAACGUCGGAGGAAUCAAGCACCAGACCUACCGCAGCACCCUGCGCACCCUGCCCGGCACUCGACUCUCCUGGCUGGCGGAGCCCGACGCGCCUAAUAACUUCGAUUAUGAUGCGAACAUCGGGGAGUUUUUCUUCGACCGUCACCCCGGCGUUUUCGCCCACAUUCUUAACUAUUACCGCACGGGCAAGCUGCAUUGCCCGGCGGACGUGUGUGGACCUUUGUAUGAGGAGGAGCUGGCGUUUUGGGGGAUCGACGAGACGGACGUGGAACCGUGUUGCUGGAUGACCUACCGGCAGCAUCGAGAGGCGGAGGAGGCUUUGGACAGCUUCGCUGGGGGUGCUCUGGAUCUCGGGCAUGAAGACCCGGAGCUUGAGGCUGUUGCUGAGGCGGCCGAGGGGGACGAGGGUGUUGAGAUGACCCGGAGACUGGCACAAGGCGACUCGCCCGAUAACAGGUCCGGCCGCUGGAGCAGAUGGCAGAAAAAGACGUGGGCGCUCUUUGAGGACCCGUAUUCCUCAAAAUACGCACGGUGGGUAGCAUUUGCAUCUUUGUUCUUCAUUUUGGUGUCCAUAACCACAUUCUGUUUGGAGACUCAUGAGGCCUUCAAUCCCAUCAUCAACCGCACAGAGACUUACAUGGUGGGAAAUGAAACACGGGAGCGUGUCUUUCCUGAGACGGAGACUAUGGUGCAGUUAACCUACGUUGAGGGUGUCUGCGUUGUGUGGUUUACUUUUGAGUUUCUAAUCCGAGUGACUACCUGUCCAAACAAAUUAAAAUUUGUCAGAAAUGCCCUCAACAUCAUUGACUUUGUGGCCAUCCUCCCCUUCUACCUGGAGGUAGGGCUGAGCGGACUCUCCUCCAAAGCAGCAAAAGACGUGUUGGGUUUCCUCCGUGUGGUGCGAUUCGUUCGAAUUCUCCGUAUAUUCAAGCUGACGCGACACUUUGUGGGUUUGCGGGUACUAGGGCAUACGCUCCGUGCCAGUACCAAUGAAUUUAUCCUCCUCAUUAUUUUCCUUGCACUCGGAGUCUUAAUCUUUGCCACUAUGAUCUACUAUGCUGAACGUUUUGGAAGAAACCUCAACGAUCCUGACGCCAGUAGUGGCACACACUUCAAGAACAUCCCCAUUGGCUUCUGGUGGGCUGUGGUAACAAUGACAACCCUCGGCUAUGGCGAUAUGUACCCUCAGACGACAUCCGGCAUGCUGGUGGGCGCACUGUGCGCCCUGGCAGGUGUGUUGACGAUUGCCAUGCCUGUACCUGUAAUUGUGAACAACUUCGGCAUGUACUACUCCCUAGCCAUGGCGAAACAAAAACUACCAAAGAAAAAAAAUAAGCAUAUCCCACGAGCACCUCAACUGGGGUCUCCCAACUACUGCAAGUCAGUGAUUAACUCCCCGCGACCCAGCACCCACAGUGACACAUGCCCCCUGGCACAGGAAGAGGUUUCCGAGAUCAGAUACCAAGAUUUUAAAGUGAACGGGGAGGCGUCCAAAGCUGCCCUGGCCAAUGAGGACUGUCCUCACAUCGACCAGGCGGUGUCGCCCGAGGAAGUCUUCAGCCCCGUGGACCGCGAGAGACCCUGCUUCCUGCUCACCUCCGGAGGAGAACGAGCCAAUCACAAGGGGGGGAGAGUCAGGAAGGGUUAUGAAAAGCCAUGGAGCCAUAGCAGCAUGUCUGGAGGCGUGGCCUCAGUGUCGGCCCUGCCCUGCAGCCCGCCCUGUCUCAUGCAGCAGGUCCACUCUCCCAUCCCAUCCAUCCUGUAGCAUGGACAGCAAAACUAACCAAUCAGAGGCCCUCGCUCCGCAGUGCUGCGCUGAGACGCCUGCACACACUGUGUACCAUCCAUCUCUCAUUAAACUCUUUUUCAUUUCUUCACUUCUUCUCGUUCCUCUUGCCUUCUCGCUUCUUCUGCUUCUCCUUCUUAUUUCCUUUCUAAUCCUCUGCUCUUCUCCCUUUUCCUCUUCAUUUUCUCCUUCCUAUUCUAUUGUCUCUUUUCCUUCAUCUUCCUCUUCUUCUCGCUUCCACAUCCUCUGCCCUUCUCCUUCCUCUUCCCCUCCCCUCCCCUUCAUCUUCAAUUUCUCUUUCCUCUUUUCCUAUCUUCUCCUUCAUCUUCCUCUGCUACUUCCCUUGUCCUUCCUCAUCUCUUUCUUCUCUCCUUCCUCUUGCUUCAUCUCCCACUUCCUUUUCUGCUCCUUCUUAUUCUCUUUUCCUUCCUCACCCUCUGCCCUUCUCCUUCCUUUUCCUUCUCUCCUUCAUCUUCCUUUUCAUUCGCUCCAUCCUCUUCCUCCUCCCCUUCUUUCAUCUAUUUUUUCUUGCUACUUCCACUCUUUGCAUUGUUCUUCCUCCUCUUUUCCUGUAUUCUCCUUCAUCUUCCUCUGCUACUUCCCUUGUCCUUCCUCAUCUCUUUCUUCUCUACUUCCUCUUGCUUCAUCUCCCACUUCCUUUUCCGUUCCUUCUUAUUCUCUUUUCCUUCCUCAUCCUCUGCCCUUCUCCUUCUCUCCUUCAUCUUCCUCUUUUCAUUUGCUCCUUCCUCUUCCUCCUCCCCCUUCUUUCAUCUAUUUUUUCUUGCUACUUCCACUCUUUGCCUUGUUCUUCCUCCCCUUUUCCUCUUCCUGUGACCUUCCUCCUCUCCUCUCCUCCUUCCCUUUUUUCUAUUCUUGUCUUCUCUUUCUUUUCUCCACAGUUUCUCAUCUUCCUAUGCAGGAGUCUCAUCUGACCUCCCCCCCACCCCCACCACCUUCUCUAUGCGGUCUCAUUUCUUUCCUCACUUUAGAUUUUCUGCACUUUCAUUCUUCCUCUUCUCUCUCCUUCAUAACUCCUUUUUUUCCCAAACCCUGAGUGUUUUAAGCUGUGGUUUUCAUUAGGUGCUAUUGGACACCAUUGAAAAGGAAAAAAAGAUGAGACAAUGGCUAUUUCAUAUAUGAUAUAAGAUAAAGUUAGUUUGAAGUGACACUAAACAAUCAUGAUUCUAGUGAUGCACACGUCACCAACAUAGAAACUUGACUGAAGAAACCUCAUUUGCAUUUGCAUGCCUUGCAUGGGAAACUAUCUGAGAAAACAAUGUAAGUUUAUUGAAAUAUGUAAGAAAAAUUGUGUUUUUUCAUCCAAAGCUUCUUUAAAUAUAUCUGAUGCAGAGUAUGAUAUCAUUUACGAUGACAUACAAUAUAUGUAGCAAUUGUUUUUUUAUUUUUGCAAACAUUUUUUGCCUUUCCCCAAACUAUGAUCUCUGGUGUUUUUUAAACACCCUGUAUCUAUUAGUAGCAGCAACUGAGUCGACCAUUCGACUUUUUGACGAACAAUUAAGAUGCAAAUAGUGAAAAAAAAAAAAAGCACUUUAACUUUUUCUCAAACAGAGCAGGCAAAUUUAAAUAGCGGAAUUUCAAUUACAAUACCAGCUAUUAUAUAAAUAAGUUUUAUUUUCACAAAAAAACCCAUAUUUUUCAUAAAUUCUGUUUCAAAUGUGAUUUUUCUGGAAUACAUACAUGUGUAUAUCACAUUUGUAAACGUGUAACACUGUAGCAAAUCCCACAUAAAAUAUACAAUAUAGAUGUAUCGUGCAGUUGACAGAAAAAAAAAAAAAACGUCUUUUGAAAAAUAAAAUAAUCAGUGUGCUUUUGGGAUUACUUGGGGAGAGGUAAAUGCAUGCACUUUUAUGCAAAAAUACAUAUGCGAAUGACAAAACUGUAAAUAUGAACCUUGCAUGAAAUAAAUUUUGUAUCCAAUCUGUAUAUAGACUCUGGUUUUCUUUGACAGAACAUGCAUACAUGACUCCCCCGGUUGCUUGGCAAUAAGCUGUGCCUGUAUUGUGAUGUCUCUUUGAUCUUUCACCCUAUCUUUAUCACCGAGCUGUUUUUCCUGGCAGCUAUUUUUGGACUUUACAGUCUGUAUUUAAAGUUGCAAUUAUGCACCAGUGUCACUAGCUCAUAAUUCAAUCCUGGUAAAAGGAUGCACAAUCACACUUGGAUCUUAAAAGGUCGGAAAGGUCAAAGAGAGAGCGUGUGACCUCCCGGGGGGAUUGAAACAGGAGAGCCGAGGCAGGACUAGCGGUGAUCGUGCCCUGUUUCGCACACCGGUAGCAUGCCACAAGUCAUUAACCGAGCAUGUCACACCAUCCCACUGCGUACAAACCCAAUCACAGCAUGACCUGAUGAGUUAAUCGUAUUAACAAUAACCCGUAGACUUACACCGGAUCUGAAUGAAUGCAGCAUGGGAAAGUGCAUGGUAAACCCAGAGUUUACCAUGAGCCUGUAAAGAAUAGUCAUAGUCACCUGCUUGACAGACAUCACCCUGUUUGCUUGCACGGUUCGAGGGACAACAAUCCCGCCAAACUUCUUCAUCCGCCCACCCCCCUCCCCCAUGUUUCUGUGCCGUUCGUUUGGUGUAUUAAUAUGAUUUUCCUUGUUGUUUGUUGUUGUUGUUUUCUCUUCGUGUUUUUUUAGAGACCCAGCGCGCCAACCGAAGCAGACAACCAACCGAGUCAGUGUGUGUAAUGAACCAUGGUGUACCAACCACUAUGUGUGUCAACCAUAAAGCCACACCCCCCACCUGAUAGUACCGUAUUUAGCGCGCGUGUGUGUGAGUGUGUGAGCGUGUGCUGUGUGUUUGUUGUAGAUUAGCACUUCUCUUCCGAGUUGUGACUGAGAAUUAAUUCAGCGUAGAUGUAGCACAGUAACCAAGAGAAGCUGUAGUUGUUCAGCCGUAUGUAGCGUUGUUCCGUUCGUGAUUUAUUGUGCUGUCGUGCUGUGCCAAGUGCCUGUUAUUUUCCCGUUUGUGAGUGUCAGUGUUGUACUUGGUGCUUGUGUGUGUUAGAGUUGUGAAAACAUGACCUUUCUUUCUUUCUCGUUGAAGUGUUUGUUUUAGGUUGUUUAAAUGUUGUAAAAAUGUUACUCCAGUCACUAAUCACAUUUCAGUGGGAAAAAAGAAAAAAAAAGAAAAAAUCCACGAGCUUUGUGAUCAUGUUCGAGUAGGGAGAGAAAAUGAGCAAUUGUUUUCCCGUAUUUUGUACUAUUGUAGUUACCAUGUAGAAAAUGCCUUUUGCACUGUUUGCACCGUUCACUUUUUACAUUCCUUUCUGUAGAACAAAUGGCAAUUUGAUAUAUUUUGUAGCUCACAUGUUUGGCUGGUAACUUUAGAGAUGCACCGCGUACUAAUCAGACGCGACUAAUCAGGCUCCGCCCACAAUGAAAUCUCACAGAUUCAAAAUUGUACUUGUCUUAAAUAUUUAUUUUUGACGAUUUAUAUGCGUCGAUUGUGUUCUGAUUGGCUGUGAAAAUAUGUAGUGGCUGAAAAUUUGAUUAAAUACUACCGUGUAUUGUGCAUGUUAUUUUUUGACAGACAAAAGGUUACAUUUAUUUUGUUGAGUUUUGAAAAUCAAGUUCUAUUUGAACUAGGAAAGGAGUGGUUUUGAUGCACAAAGUUGUUUUUAUUGUCUCUUAUAUCAAAAAUCUUUUAUUUAAACCUGUUGUAAAUAUUAGUCAAAAAUCACUUUUUAAACCUGCCCCAUCGAUUGUGUUCUAAUUGGCUAUGAUUCAGCAUAAAAAGACGCUGUUGCUGAAAAUUGUAUGUGUCGCGCCUGGUUGGAAUGCGGUGUUGGAUUUGAAGGUAAAAAACUAAGGCUUGUUAGCACAUUAUUGGGACCAAACUCAGAAUUUUUGAAUAAAUGGCAACACCAUCAUUGAGUUUGAUGAGGAAAAUGUUUGAUAAAUGCUUAGUUUGCAUUUGAAACUUCAGCCUGAACAUACAAGCUAUUUUGAAAGCCACAUAUCAUGGAGGUUUUCGUAGACACCAUCAAAAGAGACAAUCCUGCACAGAACAACAACACAACUCUUUACAGAGAACAUACAGGGUUUAUGAUGGAAUAAACGAAAGGAACCGAUACUGUGUCUUAAGUUUGUUUCGACAUUUAUUUUUCAUUAUUGUGAAAAUGUGAAGUAAACCCAAUUCUUUGGGACCAAACUAACGCACUGCCAGUUGUAUCACGGGAAAUGUCGACGUUGGGUCGUUUCCUUACAAUAUGCUGGACUGUUCAAAGACCCAACCACAGCAGAGCACAAACAACAGUAUAUAAUAAAACCUCCAAAAGGUUCAGUCUUUAUGACUGCAUAGUUUUUGGACACAGAAAACAUCGAACUUCCUGGCAAAAAGCGGCAUCCCAAACGUUUGUGCUGUUUUGUGAGACGUUCCUUGUGUUUUUCAACACACUGCAGUGCAUAGUAUGGAUAGUUAUCUAAAACCAGGUGGUGUUUUCAUUGAUGGUUUGAGUUGACAUUGUUAAGGCAAUUUUGUGUCUUUUUCUGGAGAGAGAAAAAAAAAAAAAAAAGCACUGAAAACAAAAUAAUGACAAUAAAAAGCACUAAAACACAGAUUUUGUGUGUUUUGUGGGUUUUUAAGCUUUGUUUUAAGGCAGUGAAAAUAAUUCUACAAUAAUUCUAAAA